AUGCCGCGAUCUGUCUACCUCAAGCCUACGCCACCCAAGCCCAAGAAACCCAAGAAACCCAACAGGGAUCAACUUGUCUGGGAGUUUAUCACAAGCACGCUCGACAAAGGCAUCGAGGGCUUGCGCAAAGAAUUCAACCGUAAUCCUCGCAUCUACGAUACGGCGAAGUGCACGGUGAGCUGCCGCAAUCCGAAGCUGAACAGAUACAAGGACAUCAGUUGCCACGAUCACAGCCGCGUGCACGUUGUCGGCGCCAACCCCGACGAGUACAUUCAUGCGAACUACGUGGGCGUCGACCAUCGGCCAAAGCGCUUCAUCUGCACCCAGGGGCCGAUGGAGACGACGUGCGCCGAUUUCUGGAUGAUGGUCAUCCAGCAGAAUGUCAAGAUGAUCGCGAUGUUGUGCGAGUUCGUGGAGCAGAACAGGCCAAGUGAUCGGGGCCCGAUCGUCGUCACCAACAUAUUCGAGGAGGACGUCCGCUUCACCGAGCCGGGCCAUGCAGCACAGGUACGUCUUCGCAUCAUGACGGUGCAGGGCCUCAACACCGAGACGGACGUCAAACACUACCAUUGGGCCAACUGGCCAGACCGUGGCGCUCCACCGCCCAACCAAGAUCCGAUAAACCUGCUCAACGAUUUGCGCUGCAGCAACUCUUCGCCGAUCGUCCUCCACUGCUCGGCGGGCAUUGGGCGUGCGGGGGCGUUCGCGCUGAUGAGGGCCGUCAUGGAGAAGGUGGACCACUGCAAAGCUUUCAACGUCGAGGACCUUCUCAAGGAGAUGAGGCAAUGUCGCGCGGGACUAGUCCAGACGCCGCACCAGUACUACUACGUGCACGCGGCCCUCCUCAAAUACUUGGCUGAGAACAGCCGCCAGCGGGAGAGAUUA